AUGGAAGAACAACACGAAAAACCUUUGUUGAAUGAGAAUGAUUUUCAAGAAGACAACUUUGAAAUAGAUGAGGAUGCUUCUCGAUGUUCCAACGGAAUAAUUAAGUCAGAAAAUGAAAAAGAAAUCGAUAUCAAAAUGUGCUUACAUGACUUUGAUAUCGAAUUUCAAGUCUUUGAUAAUAUCCUGGUAAUCUUUGGCAAGUGGAAACCUAUUGACGGAGAAAUUGUACCCCCAGUGCCACAACAAAAAGGUCGUCGUUAUCAAUCUUUUGUCCGUCCGAUUUCAUUACCCGCUAAUGUGAACACUGAGAAGAUUCAUAAGUUGGUAGAAGAUGGGGUUAUACAUGUAAAAGUUCCAAAGAAUGGAAAUCCCGAUCGAAAUCUCGAGGCUGGAUAUUGUGCCUUGUGCAAAUUCAGAGAAUCCUUAAACAAGCAUUUUCCGGGACUUUCAGAGCUGUUCCCCAAAAAAUAA